UCUUGUUCCAGCUCGGGCCUUAGUCGUCUGCAGGUCGUAUAGCAGCAAACAUCUCCCAACGUACACCGGUUUCGUCCAAUUCAGCAGAGAUUGCAAAAGGGUCUUCCUGAUGACUGAUCCCGCCAGGGACCCGGCGCCAGGUUGGGAUCCGCUGCUCGCUUCCGAGACACAACCUCAGCCCCGGCCAUCACGAUCGCCCAGCCCCGUGCUUGAUGCACGUUCGUCACUACCGCAGCUGCCACCUGCGCCACAGCAGCUAGUCCCGCAGGCGUCUUCCUCAUCGUUUGACCCCACGGAAGACGACGAUCCAGCAGCCGGUGCGGUACUGCCCGCUCGGCCGGACAAGGGCAAGGCUCCACUACGCGCUGAUGUCGGAGACAUAUCAACAGCAGGUCCGGCUGGACUUUCCGCCGUUGCGAGCCAGAACACUAGUGAGCCUCUAGCGGAUGAUGAGGUCGAUAACGACCCGUGGGGGUGGUCGACUCGGCCGCGCCGCCCGCGGAAGGCCAAAGCGGCAUCUGCCAGCUUGCGCCCUGCUGACGAGCCUCGCAAUCAUCCCUCGGCAGGACCGAGAGCCACGGAUGAGCCCUCUGCCUCGAACACUGGCCACCAAACUUGUCAGCAAGAAAGUGGAAGAGAUCUCGGUGCCUCUAGCGGGGGGUCCGAUGGCAGCAGGGAAAACAACCCAGGGCCGUCUUCUGCAACCGCUGACACAAGCACAACAGGAGCUCAGGAAGACGGCUUGAUUUCGUCGUUCAGGCCAUUACAGAUUGGCGAUCUGGGCUGGGAGGCUUCUUCGGGUCGGCCUCCUGUGAAGCUACCUAUACGUUUCAAGGAUGCUCUGGGCAGGAACUUCAUUUUCCCCUGGGAGAGGGCGAAAACGUGGGAGGGCAUGCAGACACUGAUCAAUGCUUGCUUCACCCAUGUACCAGCUGUGGGCCCGGACGUCUUCCGUGGCCGGUAUGACUUGUCUACAACGGCGCCAUUCCCACAGAACAUCCAGCGUGUGAUGCAAAGCACAACUUCUGCGAGCACGGAUAACUCUCAAAUACCCUCGGCCACGGCAGACUCAACGGGGAAUACGCUUCAAUCAACCACUGCCUCGCGUUCGCCUGGCCCCGCCACGUCUCCGAUCGUGACAGUCUCACCAGGAGCUGUGGCGGCAAAUGGAGACGACUUGGCAAGCUCACAGACAACUACUUCACGAGAUCUGGCAACGGUACUGCUGUUGCCGGAAGUCUGGGACAUGUUGAUAGAGCCUGGCAUGCUUGUAACACAGCACAUGUGGCCACUUUCCCCAUCUCCCACUCUACCGCCGCCACCGUUGCCUCCACCGCCGCCCAUCCCCGCUCCGGGCGCCAUGCCUAUGCCCGGCAUGCAUGGAGCGAUGCCGCCGGGACUUGGCGGCCGAGGCGUUGUUGGGCCUGGCCGGGGCCGCGGGCGGGGCCGCGGUCGUGGAGCGGGGCCGUUGCCCGGAGGUCCGGGUCCGGCGCCACCGCUUCCGCCGCCACCGAUGCAGUGGGGUCCUCCUCCAAUGCUCCGACCAGGCGUGCGUGUCAUUGCAACCUCUACGCGGCGAUCGAAGACGAGGAAGCGACGAGCCUAACGGUCGAUCAGAAAUGCGAGACGACGUUGGAGCUGUUCCAGUCCAGACCCGACCCGAGGAGGGAUGUGAAGGAGGCAGAGAGGGCACGUGCCGGUGGCGCUGCCAAGGCUGCCGACUUGACUUACAACCAGCGGUUCAGCGGACGUCAAUGCCGGCGGCUUGGGACAAGAGAGACUUCGGCCUAUUGGG